AGAGAGAGAGAGAGAGAGAGAGAGAGAGGAAUGGGGAGAGGGAAGAUUGUGAUCCGCAAGAUCGACAACUUGACGAGCAGGCAGGUGACAUUCUCAAAGCGGCGCAACGGCCUUCUGAAGAAGGCGAAGGAGCUCUCUAUCCUCUGCGAUGCCGAGGUCGGCCUCAUCGUCUUCUCCAGCACCGGCCGCCUCCAUGAAUUUGCUAGCUCAAGGAUGAAGUCAAUAAUUGACCGCUACAACAAUACAAAGGGAGAGCAGCAUCAGGUGUUGAGCACAAUUUCUGAAGUUAAGUUCUGGCAAAGGGAGGCAGCAAGCUUGAGGCAGCAAUUACAAGACUUGCACAAGAGUAAUAGGCGACUGAUCGGAGAAGAGCUAUCUGACUUAAGUGUCAAAGAUCUUCAAGGUUUAGAGAAGCGAGUUGAAAUGAGUUUGUGCUCUAUCAGAAAGACGAAGGAGAAAAUUUUACGAGAUGAAAUCGCAGAGCUCAACCGAAAGGGUUAUCUAGUACAUAAUGAGAACAUUGAACUCCACAAGAAGGCGAACCUCGUAUAUCAGGAAAAUAUUGAAUUAAACAACAAGGUUCAGGAGGCAAGCGGAUCAAGUGGUGGAACCACCAAAGCUUCGAUUAUUCCGUUUGUUUUUACUGUAGCAGAAGAUGAAGAAGAACUCGUUCAUCUUCAGUUAUGCCAUCCCCAACAGCAAGGAGAUAGGACAUAAUCAAGAACUCUACGGCUGGAGCGAUUUCCUAAUAGUUUGAAAAAGGUCUUCUCUAUCACAGUUAUUUCACAU